ACGAGCUGAUUGUACAAUCGUGUAAAACAAUUCUAUUUCUUCCAGUGGCUUUCGAUCUUUUUUGUUCGAUCAAAUUAUUAGCAGCGUGCACUGGGCGAUAAAAUGCUUUCCUUUUUUCGCAAGAAAACGGUAGAAAAUCUGCCCGUGGCACCGUCGAACAGCUUUUUCAAUGGAAACCCGACAGCAGCGACGAAAGAAGCAUUCGGCCCAACGAUACAGAACCUUGGCUACAGGAACAUCAGUGACCUGAAGGAAACGAUAUACGGGUUUUUGCGGACGAUCCGGGAUCCGGAAAAACCGAACACACUCGAGGACCUGCACGUAGUGUACGAGGAUGGAAUAUUUGUCACUGAACCCGCGCCCGGUCAAUCGCUGCUGGUGCGGAUAGAAUUCAACCCGACCGUGCCGCACUGUUCCUUGGCCACGCUGAUUGGGUUGUGCAUACGAGUCAAAGUACAGCGCAGCCUCAGCCACUACGCCAAGCUGGACAUCUACAUCAAAAAGGGUGCACAUGCAACGGAAGACGAAAUUAACAAGCAGAUCAACGAUAAGGAGCGAAUAGCGGCGGCAAUGGAGAAUCCGAACCUGAAGGAGCUGGUGGAGAACUGCAUUAAAGACGAGGAUUGAAAUGCCGAACCCUUCUCAAUCAGAUAGAAAACCUUGUGCAGAAAACCUACCUGAAACUUGUGAACCUACCUUAUUGCUUGUUAAAAUAAAUAUUUUUCA